AUGGCUGACGACGAGAAGAAAGUUGAAAUUUUUUAUGACAAAAGCAAGCUCAAUGAUGACUACGGUGGUGAGGUCGAUACUAUUAUCGCCGAUCUUGACCAACAACUUGCUGAACAUCCAAAUGAGCCAGGAUUUCAUAUUCCAAAGGUCAAGUUCAGAAGUCAGAAGCAUGCUACCUUUGUAAUUGCUCUAUUUGCUUCUAUGGGUGGUCUACUGUCUGGUUUGGAUCAGUCUCUCAUCAGUGGUGCAAACCUUUACAUGCCCAAAACGCUACACAUGGAUUCAGAUCAGGAUUCUCUUGUUAGCUCCAUGAUGCCUCUGGGAGCUGUAUUGGGCUGUUUGAUCCUUUCACCCAGUAACGAGUACUUUGGCAGAAGAAAGUCUAUUCUAUGGGCCUGUCUUUUCUACACCAUUGGUGCUGCUCUGGAAGCAGGUGCUAUUAGUUAUGGCAUGAUGAUUGCUGGAAGAUUUGUCCUUGGUAUGGGUCUUGGUCUCGAGGGUGGUACUGUACCUAUGUACGUUGCCGAGUGUGUUCCAUCAGCUGUUCGCGGCCGAGUUGUUUCUUUGUAUCAGUUUAAUAUUGCCCUUGGUGAGGUAUUUGGUUAUUGUGUAGGUGCCAUUUUUGUUGAUGUCAAAGGCAAUUGGAGAUAUAUGCUUGGAUCAUCGCUGGUGUUUUCUACCGUGAUGGUGUUUGGAAUGCUCGUUUUGUCAGAGACUCCUAGAUGGCUUAUUCAUAAAGGCCGUGAGUUAGAUGCUUAUAGAGUGUGGAAGAAUCUUCGAGGUUCUUCAACUGAGGCCAACCUUGAAUUUUUGGAGACCCGUAGAGCUGCCAUCGAAGAGAAGAAUCAAGAUCAUCACGAAAAGAAGUUUGUUUGGCUUGAUUUCUUUAGAGUCCCUAGAUGUAGACGUGCCUUGGUAUAUGCCAACAUUAUGAUCAUGCUGGGUCAAAUGACUGGUGUUAAUGGACUUCUCUACUACCUGUCUAUCCUUAUUAACCAAAUCGGUUUCAACGAUAAACAAAGUAUUCUUAUGUCUUUGGUCGGUGGUGGUGCUCUGCUUCUUGGUACCAUCCCUGCUAUUUUGUACAUGGACAGAGCUGGACGUAGAUUCUGGGCCAAUUUCACUCUCCCUGGUUUCUUCAUUGGCCUGUUACUUGUCGGUGUCAGUUACGUCGUUCCCGCAUCAAACCUUGUUGCUGUUGAGGGUGUCUAUUUCACGGGUAUGAUCAUGUACUUCUUUUUCUUCGGUUCUUAUGCUACUCUUACCUGGGUUAUUCCUAGUGAAUCAUACCCUACCUAUCUCCGUAGUUAUGGCAUGACUACUAGUAGUGCAACUUUAUUCUUGUGGAGUUUCAUUGUCACCUUUAACUUUUCAAGAAUGCAAGAGGCAAUGGGUAAGAUCGGAUUAACUCUUGGUUUCUACGGAGCUAUUGCCGUUGUGGGAUGGUUUUACCAAUUGUUUUUUAUGCCCGAAACAAAAGGUAAGACACUGGAAGAAAUCGAUCUUAUUUUCGAGCGCCCCACAAAAGAAAUCGUGGCUGAGAACAUGCACAGCAUCAGGCAAGGUUUCAGCGACAUUGUUCACUUUAGAUUUAGAAACUUGGUUAAAUAA